AUGACGACGUCUUACAGCGACAAAAUCAAGAGUAUCAGCGUGAGCUCUGUGGCUCAGCAGUUUCCUGAGGUGGCGCCGAUUGCGGACGUGUCCAAGGCUAGCCGGCCCAGCACGGAGUCGUCGGACUCGUCGGCCAAGCUAUUUGAUGGCCACGACGAGGAGCAGAUCAAGCUGAUGGACGAGAUCUGUGUGGUGCUGGACUGGGACGACAAGCCGAUUGGCGGCGCGUCCAAAAAGUGCUGUCAUCUGAUGGACAACAUCAACGACGGACUGGUGCAUCGGGCCUUUUCCGUGUUCAUGUUCAACGACCGCGGUGAGCUGCUUCUGCAGCAGCGGGCGGCGGAAAAAAUCACCUUUGCCAACAUGUGGACCAACACGUGCUGCUCGCAUCCUCUGGCGGUGCCCAGCGAGAUGGGCGGGCUGGAUCUGGAGUCCCGGAUCCAGGGCGCCAAAAACGCCGCGGUCCGGAAGCUUGAGCACGAGCUGGGAAUCGACCCCAAGGCCGUUCCGGCAGACAAGUUCCAUUUCCUCACCCGGAUCCACUACGCCGCGCCCUCCUCGGGCCCCUGGGGCGAGCACGAGAUUGACUACAUUCUGUUUGUCCGGGGCGACCCCGAGCUCAAGGUGGUGGCCAACGAGGUCCGCGAUACCGUGUGGGUGUCGCAGCAGGGACUCAAGGACAUGAUGGCCGAUCCCAAGCUGGUUUUCACCCCUUGGUUCCGGCUCAUUUGUGAGCAGGCGCUGUUUCCCUGGUGGGACCAGUUGGACAAUCUGCCCGCGGGCGAUGACGAGAUUCGGCGGUGGAUCAAGUAG